GCCACACCGCCCAUCCUUCCCCACGACCUCCUCGCGUAUCGCACCAUUUCGCCCAGAAACAUACUAUAAAACCCCCGCUGCCUCUGUGGCCGCAAAAUCCCUCCAGUCGGUACUCUCUCGACCGCAAAACACGCGACAAUGGCUGUCGAAAAGCGCUCUUCCGACCUCAACCCGCGCACGACAAGCUACGAGUUCUUUGGGCCGCCCGGCGCGCUCUUCGUCACCGUUACCGUCCCUCUCACCGCAUAUGGCCUGUACUUUACGUGUUCAGAGGCAGCGGGCGGGUGCCCCCCUCCCUUCGACAACCUCUUCGUAGGCGCCGUGCGCGCCUACAAUGAUCUCUCAUGGUGGAAGAACCUCUGGGACACCGAAGCCGCCCUCAUCUACCUCGCCUGGUAUCUAUUCUGCGUGGCCGCCUGGUUUAUCUUGCCGGGAGACUGGGUGGAAGGCACUCAGAUGCGGAACGGUCGGAAGCUAAAGUACAAGAUCAAUGCCUUCUCCACGCUCCUGCUUACGCUCGGGGUCGCCUCUGGGUACGUCCUCCGCUACGGCCCCGAGUCGUUCACGUUCAUCUACGACAAAUGGCUCGGCUUUGUCACCGCCUCCCUGCUCAUGUCCGUGCUGCAAGCCACCUACUGCUACGUCUCCUCCUUCUACGGCGACAAGCUCCUCGCUCUCGGCGGUAACAGCGGCAACUUCAUCUACGACUUCUUCAUCGGCCGCGAGCUGAACCCCAGGAUCGGCUCGUUCGACAUCAAGUCCUUCAACGAGCUCCGGCCCGGGCUCAUCCUCUGGGUGCUCAUCGACAUCAGCAUGGCCUGCGAGCAAGCCGUGCGCAGGGGAGGUAGCCUGCUGAAUAUCACGGAUUCGAUGUGGCUCGUCCUCGCCUUCCACUCCUUCUACGUCAUCGACUCGCUGUACAACGAGCCUGCCAUCCUCACCACGAUGGAUAUCACGACGGAUGGCUUCGGCUUCAUGCUCGCGGUCGGCGACCUCACCUGGGUGCCCUUCACCUACUCCCUGCAGGCGCGCUACCUCGCCUUCCAGCAAGUCGAGCUCGGCCCUAUCUGGACAGCCGCCAUCAUCGCUGUGAACGGCCUUGGCUAUUGGAUCUUCAGGGACUCGAACGGCGAGAAGAAUGACUUCCGGAACGGGCAGAACCCCAAAAAUCUGAAGUACUUCGAGACGAAGCGGGGUACGAAGCUACUCACCUCCGGCUGGUGGGGAUUAUCUAGGCACCCCAACUACUUGGGUGACUGGCUGAUGGCUGUAGCAUGGUGUUUACCGACGGGCUUUGAUACACCCAUCACCUACUUCUAUCCGGUGUACUUUGCCGUCCUGCUCAUCCACAGGCAACAACGUGACGACGAAAACUGCGAGAAAAAGUAUGGCGAAGAUUGGCACAAGUACAAGGAGAUGGUGCCAUACCGUAUUAUUCCCUAUGUCUACUAGGGGACUGUCAUUUCCUUAUGUGCUAGUGGCUUGGGCUGUUGUCUUAUAUACAGUGUGUUCUGUGACUUGCAAGAAUCACCUGGACCCUCAACUAGGCUGUGAUGUUGAAACAGAGAUUGAGAGGCUGACAUGCUCACGUGACUGGGA